AUGUCGGGUGAUGCUGGGAAAGUCUUGGUGUUUCCAGUAAGAAAUGGUUGCAAGGUGCUCAUGUUUGGUGGGAUACACGGUGGCUGUUCUUGAUUCAUACCAAACUGUUCUUUCUCCAGAGUCUGACCAAGAAAGAAUUCUGGCAGCUGGUUCAGCAGAGUUAUGGCGCGGAGUUGGGUCUGAAUAAUGAAGACAUGGAAACCGUAUCCUUGCCUUCAGAUGACAAUGGGCCGCUCAGGUACGUGGACAUCUCUGCUUCGACUCACCACUUCCACUGGCACAGGAUUGGAGAUCCAGUUUCCCGACUGCCUGGUAGAAUUUUCCUCUUACAAGGUUACUAAUGGAAAAGGAUGUGGAAAGUGAAGGCAGUAGUAGUCCCAGUUGUGAUAGGAGCACUCGGGGCUGUGAUUUCAGCAGAUUCCAGGUGGGAUCUGAGAUCGCUGUGCAGAAGAGUGCAGUUCUAGGAAAGCUAAGAUACUGCGAAGAACCCUCAGACUCCCAGGCCUCUGGUAGAGGACCCGAGAAUGAGAAAUAUACAAAAUACCACCCUUGGGGGGUAUGAAAAUAAUGGUAUUUAUUUUAACUUGUAUAUCCUAAAUAAAAAGGCAGAAAGCUGUAUUAUAGGUCCUUUAAGGUGGCCAGAUUGUCACCUGUAUUGUGUGUGAGUUUAGGUAUGCCUAUCAUGCAAGUAUGAUAUAUCCCUUUACAGGCAUCAUUUUAUUUUUAUUUAAUAAUAGAUAUUGCCUGCUUAUUGCAGAUAUAUUUAACCAUCACGCGUGAUAGACCAUUCCAAGUUGACGUUAUCCCGUGGGACAAGCUAUUAAGAUCUGGGCGGCCUGGUACUUAUUUUAUAUGUUCUCUGCCACUGAGUGGAUUGUGUGUUCUAUGUUCUAGGGCAGCGGCCAAGGUAACGUGUGAAGAUGUGGGUGAGAGGACGGAGAAGACAUCAAGGGGCAAUUCCCUAACUAGAGAUAGUAUUUCUCAAACGGAGGCUGAUGGUCCUAGUAUGAACUUCCUACAAAUGGUAAGAAUUCCUUUUGGUUUGGAUCACCCAGGCUCAUUUAAUGUCUUUAAUGACAAACUGUGUCCUGUUCUCAGAGCAGGAAUAUACAGAGAACAAGACAGAGAUACAAAUAAACGUACAGAGACAGAUUCCCUGCACGUUUUGUUCAUGUCUUAUGAACGCUGUUUCUCUGGCAAUUUUUUCAACUACCAUGAUUUAUUGCUGGUAUAGAGGGCUGACCGUGGGGAUUUUACUACGGCUGGCAAUGUAUGUUUUGGUUAUCCCUCCCCUAGAGUAUCUGUUUUAUUACAUGGAUUAUUUUUUUUUAGGGUGGAGGGUGUAUUACAUUUUUAUUAUUUAUUUUUUUGGCAAGUCUUUGUGUGUUAAACAUACUAUGAUUUAAUAACCACCAGGGGUGCUAAAAACAUUUAAACACCCUAUGCCAUUCUAGAAGUACUUACAGUUGGAGAACUGCAAACAUGCUUGAAAUGACACACCGAUUCUAUUUGAAUGUUCUAUAAUGGUUAGACAGGCAGGGACCCCAUCGACAGAGUCACUAGCUAAUGUCACUUUUGGUUUCUUCUAUAAAUGGAGCAUAUUAUUAUUAUUUAUUAUUAUAUUUACAUAGCGCCAUCAGAUUCCGUAGCGCUGUACAAUGGGUGGACUAAUACAUGUAACUGUAACCAGACAACUGGACGUACAGGAACAGAGGUGGUGGAGGGUUAUGGUUAUGAGUAUUUUCCAUAGAUUGCAAGCUUCUUACAAAACCUGUACUCUUCAUGAACUCGUUCGGUUCUUUCAUGUAGGGAGAAUCCUACACUAACUCUUUCUUGCCUAGUUAUCGACUCAGGUUGUGAUUGAAGAAGGAGAGAAAUCUGUGAGUAGGAGUCCUCUCCUGGACUCUGAAAGGAAGGGUAACCUCCGGGUGAGCAUUGGGACCCCGGCACUCGCACUCGAUUUGAAUGGGAAUGAGAAUCAGCAUGAGGAUGGAAGUAGCUGCACUGAUACCCCUGAUGAAGGUAUGUAGGAUGGCUUGCCGAGGAUGGCUUACACAGACAUAGAAUGUUAUUUAUUUAGCAACUAGACCAACAUUCAGAACACAGCCAAAUGGGCCAGCACCUGUGUAUUGAGAUAAUUGGCAGACAGGAGUUCGCACUCAACAUAUAACAGGUAGGAUUAAACACUCACCGUAUCUGAGGUUCUGGCUGGCAGUUGGGAGUGCACACUCGCCAUGUGGGAGGUUGCUGGCAGGCGGGAGUGCACACUCGCCAUGUGGGAGGUUGCUGGCAGGCGGGAGUGCACACUCGCCAUGUGGGAGGUUGCUGGCAGGCGGGAGUGCACACUCGCCAUGUGGGAGGUUGCUGGCAGGCAGGAGUGCACACUCGCCAUGUGGGAGGUUGCUGGCAGGUGGGAGUGCGCACUCGCCAUAUGGAAGGUUUAUUUUUGUUUUUACAGGUUAUGACAAAGGUUUUGAAAAUCAGAUAGAAGGCCGGCUGUACAUCAAUCGUACCUUCCACAUCAGCGCUGAACGCAUGUUUCAGCUGCACUUCACAGAGUCCCGCUUCAUGCAAACGUUCUUGGAUUCGAGGAAGGUGUUGGGUAAGCCUGGGUUCUCUUCAAUUAUAGAGAGAUUCUAAGAAAAUGGUAGGCAGCGGUGUAUAAAAUAUAAAUAAGGCAAAAUGGGGCUAUAUUGUUGAUCCAUACAAGUUAAAAAGUAGAAAAUAAGAGCCAGUUAAAAUACUUGUCUCAAGUACGAUACCCUUAAAUACUUGUGAAGUACGAUAUAUAUGGGGAGUCCUGGCCCCUCUUCUGUAUUACUUCCUGUAAAAGUUCCUCAUAACGUUAUAUGGUAUUAACUUUUAAUUUUGUUUUUAUCUUUGGAUUAGAGUAUUUUUUAUUAUUUUUUUAAUUCUUUAUUUUUGGUUCAAUUCAUAGGAAGAGAAAUAUAAAAAAAAAAAAAAUUAAUGUAAGGUUUGUACAGCAAUAGAAACAGUGUCUCGAUAUGCAGUAUUCAUUUAAACAUUCUAUGAACUGUUUGAUUAGAGUAUUUUUAGUUAACGCAUUUACUACUUUUACGUGGAAUCUCUGUGGACCUCUUCACUCAUUGAGAUGAGCAAGCCUACCAUUGGGACCGUAUGAGUGUAAAUUUGUGCCAUUUUACAGGCUACACACUUUGCGAUUUCUGUCCCUAUAACUGCGGGAGCUUAUACAGAAGAGGGACCAGGACUCCCAAAAAUAUCAUACUGCGCAAAUAAACUGGCUCUUACUUUUCAACUUGUGUGGAUCGGCAAUAUUGCACUAUUGUCCCCUUAUUUAUAUUUUAUUCACUGCUGUCUACCAUUUUCUUAAAAGCUCCUCCUGGUGUAUGUAUAUUUCUUUGUGUUUUGUGUGUGGGUAAUGGGGAGUCCACGCAGGUGUUCAGCUUCACGUAUUUAUUCACUUUAAAACUGUGUGUUUUUAGUUUUCUGCUCGUUCACUAAGCUCCCCAAAUAGAGACCAGCUCAGUGCAAACAUAGAGCAUCUGGCUGAAAGAAAAGCAAAGUAUGCCGCUAGUUCAGUUAUUUUGGUUUUACAAUUUGAAGAAAGACUCUAAAUACAUAAAAGCACUCCAAUUUUUCUGGAGUCUUUCCCAUAUUUGAUUUGACAGUUCAUUAAAGUGCCGUUUUUUUUUUUUUUUAUUCUUUAUUUUGGUUGUGCAUUUAUGAAAAUUACAUACAAUCGUUCUAUAAGUCACGGCAUCAUAGACAGGCUUCAAUACUAUAUGUUUACAACUGGAAGUGACAUUUGAGGAACAUGCACAUUUUUUAUAUUAAUGUUUAAACAAGCUUUAACCAUUUAGUUACAUCUGAAAAGUCCAGCUAGGCAAAAAAUAAUGGUGAUUAACACAAAAUGUUAACGUAGAGCUCCUUUAAAUAAUAAGAAUAAUACGGUAGCUUAAACUAUGUGGUUAGGCACAUGAGGCACGUUACAAAUUGCUAUGGGCAUCAGGAGAGAGAUUAUCUGGUGAGACAGUGUCAUCUAGGCAUAUUAGGUAGGCAGACAGUAACAUUGUCAGAGAAGCAUGAAACCACGUAGAUGGGGUAAAACAAUGUGGAUUAGAGUAAUGGCAUAUACUUUGUAUAGAUAGGUCAACCUUGGGUAAAUAUAACAUUCUGGAGGCUAAGCUAGUGCCUUGCCUAACUGAGGUGUAUGGUCAUUAGCGUCCUCAAGCAUGUGUGAGCUGAGCCAGCUGAGCCAACUGACCCUAACUAACCCUAACUGGCAUCAACUGAGCCCAUGAGUGGGUGUGUGUCGUUCACUGGUUAAAAAGGGGGAAAUGUGUAAUUGUGGAACAGGAGCUGGGUUCUUAACAAUGAAACAAGCUGUGUUACUUAAGUGUCCCAGAACGUCUCUUAGCCCACGCCAGCAGCUGGUAUGGCUUCGUCCCCCAGAGUGGCAAUGUCGGUGGUGCUUGAAGAUGUUGCCCUCAGGUCGUCGCCGUUUUCCCCAACCAGGGCUUGUAUUCGAUGGCCGCAGGAAUGAGAGGAGCAUGCUUUGCUUUGGCAGGUUCGUCGUUUCGUUCGGGUGUUCCUGCUGUGUCCCGAUUUCCCGCCUCUUUGGCUCCGGGACUGUAUGAGAGCCCUUGCCUUUUGUCCAUGAAGCCUCCCAAUCUCGGUUGUUGGCUUGUGAGCCCGUGGGUUCUCCUCAUCCCGGGCGUCCCCACUGGUGUAUGGACGGCAUGGAGUAAACUCCUGGCAGGCUCCCAGCCCAGAAGAGUAUCGGGCAGUCUGGAUAUUAUCUUCGGGUACCCUCUUGGCAGGAGAUGCUGGUGGGAGAGAUCUUACUUCAAGUCUAUGCCAGAACGCUUGGCAGAUUGCGUCAAACUUGCUUUCAAAAGCUUCCCUCCACUUUUGAGCCGGUGGGCCCAGGUUACUCUGCUUUGGUUGCAGCUCGGCGGCCAUCUUGGUAGCGCCAUGCAGGCUGUUUCUGUGCCACUCAGGAUCCGCUGGAGAUAGGUAUGUUGCUGCAUGUUGGUGCUUCAUUCCAGCGGGGACCGGGAUAUCCCCCACCGGUCCUAAGGGGGGCGACGGGGCUCCAGUGUCGCUUUGAGCACGUUUCCUCCGCCGGGGGAUCGGCCGCCUCCCCCAGACAACAGGCCGCGCACCUUUGAGUGUCGCCAGGCCUGGGACAUGGUUUGCCAGUCGGAGCAAUAACAAGCUUAGCGGGGUCCGUGUGGCUGUGGGUAUGUCUCGCUUGUGGUUUAGCCUUGGUACCCGCUUACAAAACACACAAUUCCCUUCGAUUAGUCUCAGGGUUGCCGGAGCUCCAGGCAAACACGUCCAGCCAGCUCGAGAGUCAGGCCCCGCCCCCUAAAGUGCCGUUUUUAACACCCAGAUCGUGCCCGAAGCGCAUCCUCCCCUUUCAGAUACCUGGGGAGGCUUUCUUCUAUGUUCGUUAGAUGCGCCAAGUUUACUGAAGUGGCAGACGCACUGGGCUAAAGGGUGCAGCCUUCACCAGGUGCCCCCAGGCCUGAAUUCCAUUGUAUAGGUAACAGACUUGUAACCACACAAUCUUUUCCUUUUUAGACGUUGAGUACGGUCCGUGGCAAUUGGAUGAUACAGGAAAUCAGCACAGAAUAGGGACUUACACCAUAACGCUCAACAACCCACUGAUUGGAAAGUUCACCACAGCUACAGAGAAACAGGUAUGUGACAGAUGUUUUAUCUGUUUGGGGGGAAAUCGUGCUUGUUUGUUGUGUUGAAUAAAAUAGGGUAAUAGAAUAACCUGUAGAGAAACUCUGAAUAAAGCAUGAAAAAUGAGUCUACCUGUUGGUAAAUGUGUCAAACUAGAAAAAACAGAGCUUCCAUUCAUUCGUGCUGGGGGCACUAUUCGUGCAUAAACGGAUACGCUCACAUGACGGUGUCAUUGUUAUUGAACCAAAUGGGAAGCUGCUGGAAUACACCCAUGAGCCAUAGUUUCGUGUGGAGACAUGUAUACACCGUACUUCCUUCGUGGGAAUGAAUGGGAGAUGAUAGUGCCUUCCUCCAUUUCGACCAUGAUAAAGGGAUGUUACUGGAAGCGAAUUGGAGCCCAGAUAUUUCCUGUGGAUAGACCCUUAAAUAAGAAGCUGUACAUGAACUGAUCAGCCACAACAUUAAAACCACUGACCGGUGAGAUGAAUAACCUUGAUUCUAUAGUUACAAUAGCACCUGUCAAUGAGUGGGAUAUAUUCGGCAACAAGUGAACAGUCAGUUCUUGAAUUUAGAGUGUUGGAAGCAGGAAAAAUGGGCAAGCGAAAAGAUGUGAGUGACUUUGUCAAACGUCAAACUGUGAUGGCUAGACUAAGGGUUCAGAGUAUCUCCAAAAUGGCAGGUCUUGUGGGGCGUUUCCAGUUUGCAGUGGUUGGUACCUAGCAAAAGUGGGGCAAGGAAGGACAACGCCUUCUGUGGUUAAUAAAAUAAGAACCAUAGAAUUGGCAUCAGGGUCGUGGGUGCCCAAGACUCAUUGAUGAACGUUGGUAGCAAAGUCUAGCCUGUCUGGUCCAAUCACACAGAGGAGCUACUGCAGCUCAAAUUGCUGAAAAACCUAAUGCUGCCCAUGGUAGAAAGGUGUCAGACCACACAGUGCAUCACAGUUUGCAAUGUAUGGGGCUCCAUUGCCACAGAGUGAUCAGAGUCCCAGUGCUGACCCCUCUCCACCGCCAAAAGCACCUUCAGACAUGAGCAUCAGAACUGGUCCAUUGAGCAAUGGAAGAAUGUUGCCUGGUCUGAUGAAUCCAUAUUUCUUUUCGAUUAGGUGGCUGGCCAAGUGUGUGUGCAUUGUUUACCUGGGGAAGAGAUAGCAGCCGGAUGCACUAUGGGAUGAAGGCAGGCCGGCAGAGGCAGUGUUAUGCUCUGGGCAAUGUUCUGCUGGGAAACCUUGGGUCCUGGCAUUCAUGUGGGUGUUACGUUGACACAUACCUAGAGAUUGUUGCAGGCAAUGUGCAUGUCUUCAUGGCAAUGAUGGUCCCUGGUGGCAAUGGCCUCUUUUAGUAAUAUAAUGCACCCUGCCACACUGCAAAAAUUGUUCAGGAAUGGUUAGAGGAACAUGACAAAGAGUUCAACUUGUUGCAUUGGCCUCCAAAUUUUCUCAUAUCUCAAUCCGAUUGGAACAACAAAUAGAUCCAUGAAGGCCCCACCUUGCAAAUUGCAGGGCUUGAACAGGAUACGUUCAGAGACCCUGUGGAGUUGAUGCCUUGAAGCAUCACAAGGGGGACCUACAAUACUACAAUAUUAGGCAGGUGGUUUUAAUGUGGCUGUCAGUGUAUAUUAUGCAUUAUACGAAUACAUUCUUAAAGUGUGUUGAAUUCCACCUUGAGCAAGUUUGUAAGAUAAUCCGUAUGUAGAAAGCCUGUGUAUUGCUGGGGUUUGUUCUGGAAUUUACUGGGUGUGUUUAUUGGGGCAAUAAUGGAACAAGAGACAGGCCUUCCAUGGUGGCUGUAUAUCGGGACAGAAGAACAAAACAGCCAAUUUGGUAAAAGUCUCCAGGGCAACUAGGCUUCGAAUUUGGCUAUUUUGGUUUAUUAUAAAUUCACUUUGAAUUCCUGACUAUUCACACUUUAGUGAGUAACCCAUUCUAGAGUCUCCCUGAGGACCUUGAAAAUGACAAAAUAAAAAUGUUUCUCCUUUAUAUUUCAGACGUUAUUGAAAGAGAGCCAGGAAGGCCAAUUAUACAUUGUACAGAGAGAGGUUGUGACCCAUGAUGUGCCCUAUCAUGAUUACUUUUACUCCGUGCACAAAUACAUCAUUGCCAGAACGUCCAGACACAAAUGUAAACUACGGUAAGAGCGCCGAAUGUGACCUGUACAUCCAUCAUCCGCAUAGAAAAACACUGUACAAAUAUCUACUUUGGUUACAAACACAGAAACUUUGGAUCCCGUAAGCUCCUAAAUAAAACUUUAUAUAGUGAGAUGCGUCUGUAUUAUAAUUUACCAUUAAUUGCAUGAAUAUUAAAAGUUGCUAAGAAUUCUCAAAAACUCUAAUACAAGUGAAAUCUAGAUUAUAUCCACUUACUGGCUUGUUGCACCAUCCUGAGUGUCUGCACCAUCUUUUGUGUAUAAUAAAAUGAGAACUGUGGAGUUUGGUAAUAACAGAACAACAGGAUGUAAAAUAUCUCCAUAUUCUUAUUAACUCCCACUUUUGGGAGGUAAGCAUUUUACAGGUUUCAUCCCCUGUGGCAUUUAAUCGCCAGGUUCAAUUUAGAGAUCUGGAUGACAUAGGUUUGAAUGUCUUCUCUUCUACUGAGAUAAAUUAAAUGAGUACCGAGCCAUGGUGACUUAUUGUACAGCAAUGAGGGAAGCACAAAUAUUAUCAAUAGAAUAAGGUGUUUGUUUCUUCAACUUUCCCAUGUCCUGUGUUUUCUGAUCUCUUGUAAUCAUGAUCUAUGAUUGAACGUAGCAAGCUCCUUGUCUAAUAUCAUUCAUGGAGUCUUUUUGCAAACCUAUUAAAAUAACCCCAUGAUCAACGUACUCUUCCACCUUUCCAGGGUUUGUUCAGAUUUGAAGUACAAGAAGCAGCCAUGGGGCAUAGUAAAGACGUUCAUCGAGAGAAAUUCCUGGAGUGGGCUUGAUGAAUACUUCAAACAGUUAGGUCUGUCCUUCCUUCACAGCUGCUCAAUUAUGAUUAUAUCUAGUCUGUUCUAGAUCCACCAAUCGGUCAUUCUGCUCCAUGUUGAUGAAUUGACUGUUAUUGCUAUUAUUAUUGGACGGUAAGCAGUGCCUUCAGUCCAUGCUAAGGAUUGCCUAACAUGAGUACAGGUGCCUUUCAGGUUUAGGUACAGUCGCUUUAGUGUUGCAUGAAAGAUACUCUUGUGGGUUCCUGAGGCUGACUAGUUACCUGCAUUGUUUGCUGAAGAAAUUAAUUAUCAAUGUGUCUCUGUUAAAGGAAAAUGUAUUUGUUUUUUAAAACUGUUUAAUAGAUGUAUCCCAAAUAAAACAUGCAUCUAUUUCUUUCUGAAUGUUUGUUUUCUUUGGAGGAAUAUGAAAUAGACAGCUUGCAAAAGCUGCAGACCUGUUCUCUGCAGCCUUUGUAUAUCCUCCCAUCUUUCCCCAGCCCAGACUCAUUGAGAAGAAUCUCUAUGCUGGAGCCGUGGGCGCAGACACAAUUGCGGCUUUCCAAUGAGCCGUAAUACAGAGACGGGAGAAAGGAGGCAUUCUCUAGUUUAGCACGCUCGUCACUUCCAUUAGGUAUGUAGACAAACGGAAGCGGAAGAAAACGUCCCUGCUAGUGUCUGAAAGCCAGUAAGGGGUUUCUGCUCCCAAUGAUAAACAUGCAGAUUUUCCAUUGAAGCUGCCACCUUUCGAACUCGUCAGAUAUAUGACAGACUCCAGACACAUGAAGCACUUCAGCAAGCUGAAUGGUGUAUGUGUCUGCAGUGUUCCUUUAAUUAAAGUGGGCUACACCAGUUAAUGUUAUGGGGACAGCAAAUUAAGUUGCUCCCUUUGCCAAAAUCCGAAAUAUUGAGGAAUUUUAGCAAAGUCAAAAACAUGGAUAAUGAACAAUGUGUACAUCUUAAUUAAUAUCUAAUUAACUGGGUAAUACAUGGUCACCGUUUAGAAUUGUGGGAGCACAUGAGAUGUGUGGAAAUGCUUUGCUUGGCCUUCUAUUCCAUUCUCCGUGAGAAUAGACCUAUCCUUGUACAAUCAGAGUUGACAUUCUCUGCUUGGACUGUAUCCAACAAUGAGGGAUUCCUUUUGUGGCCAGACUGUCUGUCUGCUUUUAAAUACAUCUUCUAAACUGCCUAACAAAAACUCUGUAUGCUCAUCUGAUAUUAUUUAAUUCCCUAUUAAUUAGAAAUGCAGUGCGGGGAAUAUGCUGUUCCGACAAAUAAUCGCACAAUCUGUUAAUGGUGUAAAUAAAACCACAUGGCUCUAACAGGGUCCUAGCAUCAUAGCCUCCUGUACGCCCAACUGUCUAACUACUUGUUAGUCUGCCUAUUGUACAGCGCUGCAGAAUGUGUUGGUGCCUUUAUAAGUAAUAGCGAAUCACAUUUCUAGAACGUGUAGAACAUAUUUUUUAGUCUGCUUUGCAUUUUGUGGGGGUUAGCAAGACACCAGAAUAUAGCACAGAACGCUUGCUAAUAAAUCUUCGCUUACUUUCCACAGAUUAUAUGUACAAUUAGGAAAAUAUUUACUUACAAUAUGAUUUCUCUGUGUUUUUAGAAACUGACCUGCAGAUAGAAGAAACCCCAAAUACAUCUGUGUCAGAUGUCAACAAACCCAGCACAAUUCGAAGAAGGAGAAGGCAUCACAGUCGCGGCACAGGGGAUCACCUGAUUAAACAUGGCACUCAGCAUGACCUUUCUGAUCUAGGACUCUAUGCGAGGGACGAGCGCUUAGGUGGGAAUCUUGUAGAUUGUACAUCACCUGCUAGGAGAACAAAUUCUACAUAUUACUUUUUAUUGUACCCCUUAAAAUGUAGUUAUGAAUGGAGAGCUAUUCAAACUUCAAAUCUAUACCAACACCUGUGUUUGUAUCUCCCAUGGAUGUGUUUAGAAGAGGGGAAGAAGAUAAAUUAAGCCAAAUAUUCACCAUAAACUUUAAUACUGUCUUAAUAAUGUUCAGCCGUGCACUCAGUGCAAACAAUGAUCACAUUUAAUGUCACUGCUUAUCCCACGGGUAGAAUGAGCCACACACUGCAUGCAAACAAUGAUCACAUGUAAUGUCACUGUUUAUUCCACGGGUAGAACGAGCCAUACAUUGCGUGCAAACAAUGAUCACAUGUAAUGUCACUGUUUAUCCCACGGGUAGAACGAGCCAUACACUGCGUGCAAACAAUGAUCACAUGUAAUGUCACUGUUUAUCCCACGGGUAGAAUGAGCCACAUACUGCGUGCAAACAAUGAUCACAUGUAAUGUCACUGUUUAUCCCACGGGUAGAAUGAGCCAUACACUGCGUGCAAACAAUAACAUGUAAUGUCACUGUUUAUUCCACGGGUAGAAUGAGCCAAACUCUGCGUGCAAACAAUGAUCACAUGUAAUGUCACUGUUUAUCCCACGGGUAGAACGAGCCACACACUGCGUGCAAACAAUGAUCACAUGUAAUGUCACUGUUUAUCCCACGGGUAGAACGAGCCACACACUGCGUGCAAACAAUGAUCACAUGUAAUGUCACUGUUUAUCCCACGGGUAGAACGAGCCAUACACUGCAUGCAAACAAUGAUCACAUGUAAUGUCACUGUUUAUUCCACGGGCACAACGAGCCAUACACUGCAUGCAAACAAUGAUCACAUGUAAUGUCACUGUUUAUCCCACGCGUGGCAUAAUGACAUCCAGUGCAGUCAGUUCUCUCCUCUUCAGUAAAUCCCUGCAAUGAAUACUUUUUUUUUGUUUCUUGAUGAGAAUAAUUGUCAGGGUUCUUCACAUAUAUUCAAAAUGAAUUUCUAAUUCAAGGUAAAAGUAGCCGAGCUGGAAACAUUCUCUAAGUUAGCGAUGCUUCCAGUUCGGCUACUCUGGCUUUAAAUGUGAAAUUCACUUUGAAUAGCCCUGUAUGUCUGUAAACACUCCUUUUUAGUUUAUUUCGUAUAAUAAUAUGUCUUUUAAUUGAAGGGAAAAGAGGAGAUCCUGCCUGGAAUAACAAAGGGAUUGUUAUCAUUAUGAGUAUCUUGUGAGUAUUAUUAUUAUUAUUAUCAUUUAUAUAGCGCCAACAGAUUCCGUAGCGCUUUACAAUAUUUUGAGAGGGGGGAUGUAACAAUAAAUAGGACAAUUACAAGAAAACUUACAGGAACAAUAGGUUGAAGAGGACCCUGCUCAAACGAGCUUAUAGACUAUAGGAGGUGAGGUAUUAGAAACAUUAGGACAAGAAAUAUCAAGUAGGAGUGAAGCAGAGCUGGAGGAGAGAGCAAAGCACUGUCCCAUAGGAGAGAGCAGGAGACGGGUAUGUAAGGUAGAGAUUACUCUGGGAGGCCAUAAGCUUUCCUGAAGAGAUGGGUUUUAAGGCCCUUCUUAAAUGAUUGAAGACUAUGGGAGAGUCUGAUGGCAGUAGGCAAGCUAUUCCAUAGGAGAGGAGCCACCCGCGAGAGGUCCUGCAAGCGCGAGUUGGCCGUACGGGUGCGAGCAGCGGUCAGGAGGUGGUCACGGGCAGAGCGGAGGGUACGAGGAGGGGCAUAUCUAUGGAUUAGUGAAGAGAUAUAAGUGGGGCUAGAAUUGUUCAGUGCUUUAAAUGUGUGGGUUAGCACUUUGAAUUGACUCCUAUAGCAUACAGGGAGCCAAUGUAAGGACUGGCAGAGGGGUGAGGUGUGAGAGGACCGACUAGAGAGGAAGAUCAGUCUAGCUGCAGCAUUCAUGACAGACUGUAGCGGGGCAAUACGGCUUUUGGGGAGACCAAUCAGGAGAGGGUUACAGUAAUCCAUGCGGGAAAUUACUAGAGCAUGGACAAGCUCCUUGGUAGCAUCUUGCGUAAGAAAGGGGCGAAUGCGGGCUAUGUUUUUGAGUUGGAACCUACAGGACUUGGCAACAAACUGGAUGUGAGGCUCAAAGGUGAGACCAGAGUCAAUUAUGACGCCAAGACAGCGCGCUUGCAGGGAUGGACUUAUGUGGAUAUCACUGAGUUGAAGGGAGAGCGAGAGAGGAGGAUCAGUAUUAGGAGGAGGAAAGACAAGGAGUUCAAUUUUAGAGAGGUUAAGUUUCAGAAAGCGUGAGGACAUCCAGUCAGAGAUGGAAGAAAGGCAAGCAGUGACACGUUGCAGGACGGCAGGGGAGAGGUCCGGGGAGGAGAGGUAUAUCUGAGUGUCAUCAGCAUACAGGUGGUAGUGGAAUCCAAAAGAGGCAAUAAGUUUACCAAGAGAGGCAGUAUAAAGAGAAAAUAAAGGGGACCAAGGACAGACCCUUGGGGAACUCCAACCGAGACAGGACGAGGGGAGGAGGUAUCCUUGGAAAAGGAGACACUGAAUGAGCGUUGGGAGAGAUAGGAGGAAAACCAAGAGAGGACAGAGUCACAGAGACCGAGCGAUUGAAGAGUUUGAAGGAGGAGAGCAUGAUCAACGGUGUCAAAGGCAGCAGAGAGGUCAAGGAGAAUUAAUAUGGAGUAGUGACCUUUGGAUUUAGCGGAGAGUAUGACUUAUCUUUCAUUAAUAAGUCACCAACUUAUUCCUUAGCGCAGUACAAUGUGGAUGUGGUUAAGGGUUAUGUAAGACUAAUGGUGAAGUCAGUGUUACUGGGAUGGGAGGAUAUUUUGUGAGUGAAUUAUUAUUAUUAUUAAUAUAAGUAUUAUAUGCACCAGCAUAUUCCAUAGCGCUUUAGAAUAUUAUAAGAAACCAGGGAUUGAACCAUAAAUGGGUCAAUUACAAAAUUUACAGGAACCAUAGGUUGAAGAGGACCCUGCUCAAAGGCGCUUACAGUCUAUAGGAAGUGGGGUGUAAAAUACAUUAGGACAAGAAAUGGCAAUCAAAUAAGGAGGGAGUGAAGCAGAGCUGGAGGAGAGAGUAGAGUGCUGCCCUUUUAGGAGAGAGCAAGAGACAUGUAUGUAAGGUAGAGGUUACUCUGGGAGGCCAUAAGCUUUCCUAAAGAGAUGGGUUUUAAGGCACUUCUUAAAUGAUUGAAGACUAUGGGAGAGUCUGAUGGCAGUAGGCAGGCUAUUCCAUAGGAAGGGAGCCCCCCGCGAGAGGUCCUGCAAGCGUGAGUUGGUCAUAUGGGUGCGAGCAGCGGACAAGAGAAGGUCACGGGCAGUGCGGAAAGACCGAGAAGGGACAUACCUGUGGAUUAGUGAAGAGAUUUAAGAGGGGCUAGAACUGUUCAUUGCUUUAUAUGUAUGGGUUAGCACUUUGAAUUGACUCCUAGGUGAGGUGUGAGAGGACCGAAUAGAGGAAAAUCAACUGAGACAGGAUGAGGGGAGGAGGUGUCGUUGGGAAAGUAGACAUUGAAUGAACAUUGGGAUAGAUAGGAGGAGAACCAUGAGAGGACUGUGUCACCAGUUUUUGUCACGCUUUGGAUUUUAGUUUCCAAAAGAAAAAGAUGUACAGUAUAUACUCGAGUAUAAGUCUAGUUUUUCAGCACAUUUUUUGAGCUUAAAAACCCCCACUCGACUUAUACUCGAGUCACUGUCUGUAUUAUGGCAACUUAGAGAGCUGCGGCCGUCAGAGCCAUGGCAACGAUCCGCGCGGCAACCAGACCGUGAGACUUACAGUGGAGCUGACUGGAACGGAGGAGAAGGGAGCUGCAGGAAAGGUAAGUAAAUGCUUCCUGCCGGCCCCCCCACUUCACAGCCCAUGCCACUGGACCACCAGGGAUUAAGAUAGCCACCCUCCCUGACCAGUUAACAAGCAGGGAGGGGGACAAAAAAAAAUUAAAAUAAUAAAAAAAUAAUAUUAAAAUAAAAAAAAAUUAAAAUAAUAAAAAUGCCCUCCCCCCACCUAGUUCACACACACUACACAAACACACACUCUGCAUUAUAUACACACUCUGCAUUAUAUACACACUCUGCAUUAUAUACACACACUGUGUAUAUAAUGUAUGAGUGUGUGUUUGUAUGAGUGUGUGUGUGUGUGUGUGUGUGUGUGUGUGUGUGUAUAUAAUGUAGAUUGUUUGUAUGAGUGUGUGUGUAUAUAUAAUGCAGAGUGUUUGUUUGUAUGAGUGUGUGUGUAUAAUUAUAAAAAUCACAGAAUUUCAUAGCCCCAAGUUUUACCCUCGACUUAUCCACGAGGCAUAGCAUAUUUCACAAUUGUUGGUCACAAAACUGCACUCGACUUAUACAUGAGAUCGACUUAUACACGAGUAUAUACGGUAAUCGCAAAAGUUAAAAGCUUUGCCAAGAUAGCCUGUCUAGCUGUGGGUGUACACAGAACAGAAAGGUGCUGGUUCAGAUGGUUUGAUUUAAUGUCCUAUUCGGUGCAGUUUAUUUGCGGAGAUUGGGAUUGUAGAGCGUUUUGAGCAAAUUCUGUGCCCAAAUAUUCAAGCUGGAGAAAUUUACACUUCAAGAUUUAUGCCUUUUAUUUAUUAUUGGGCUAAAACGUGCAGUUGCUUCUGUGGGUUCUCGAAAGUUGCCAGUUUAUGGAAUAGACCCCGUUCUCUGUGUUUCCCGUCUUGGACGGGGAUUGUCUGCAGCAUUUUUUUUUUGUUUCAUACUCGGUUGGCACCGGGGUGCUGUGCUGGUGGUGUGAUAAUACUAAUUAUAAUGGCUAUACUGGCGGUGGGUGAUAAUACUAAUUAUAAUGGCGGUGGGUGAUAAUACUAAUUAUAAUGGCUAUACUGGCGGUGGGUGAUAAUACUAAUUAUAAUGGCGGUGGGUGAUAAUACGAAUUAUAAUGGCUAUACUGGCGGUGGGUGAUAAUACGAAUUAUAAUGGCUAUACUGGCGGUGGGUGAUACUAAUUAUAAUGGCGGUGGGUAAUAAUACUAAUUAUAAUGGCUAUAAUGGCGGUGGGUGAUAAUACUAAUUAUAAUGGCUAUACUGGCGGUGGGUGAUAAUACUAAUUAUAAUGGUGGGUGAUAAUACUAAUUAUAAUGGCAGUGGGUGAUAAUACUAAUUAUAAUGGCAGUGGGUGAUAAUACUAAUUAUAAUGGCUAUACUGGCGGUGGGUGAUAAUACUAAUUAUAAUGGCGGUGGGUGAUAAUACGAAUUAUAAUGGCUAUACUGGCGGUGGGUGAUAAUACUAAUUAUAAUGGCGGUGGGUGAUAAUACUAAUUAUAAUGGCUAUACUGGCGGUGGGUGAUAAUACUAAUUAUAAUGGCUAUACUGGCGGUGGGUGAUAAUACUAAUUAUAAUGGCGGUGGGUGAUAAUACGAAUUAUAAUGGCUAUACUGGCGGUGGGUGAUAAUACUAAUUAUAAUGGCGGUGGGUGAUAAUACGAAUUAUAAUGGCUAUACUGGCGGGUGAUAAUACAAAUUAUAAUGGCUAUACUGGCGGUGGGUGAUAAUACUAAUUAUAAUGGCGGUGGGUGAUAAUACGAAUUAUAAUGGCUAUACUGGCGGUGGGUGAUAAUACGAAUUAUAAUGGCUAUACUGGCGGUGGGUGAUAAUACGAAUUAUAAUGGCUAUACUGGCGGUGGGUGAUAAUACUAAUUAUAAUGGAUUUGUGGGAUCCCUUUUUCUAUACAAUGUCAACACCCCAUACAUUUUAUCAGAUUGAAUUAUCACAGAAUAUCUUUAAAAGAUAGAAUGUUCUACUUGUUCUCUCAGCGGUUCAUUAAUAGUCUAUUCUUGUGCGUGUUUUAUCUUGUGUUAGUGUUACAAUGUGUGUUGUGUAACCUGCUGUAUGGCUUUUACUCACUGGGACGGUGUGGAUGUAGUUUAACUGGUGUGGUACAAUAUGUGGGGUAGACUGCACAUGUAGUUUUGAUGGAAUAGCAUGUGUUGGUGGUACUCUAUUGUAGGUGGCGUGGUGUAGGUGGCGCUGUGUUGUGGUGUAGGUGGCGCAGUGUAGUGUAUUGUGAUUUGCUGCAUUUUCCAUUUCUAUAUGUUCUCCAACUGUUUUUUUUUGUUUGUUUUUUGUUUUUUUUAAAGAAUCCACGAACUGACCACGUUUCCCUCUCUUCCCCAGUCUGUUUGCUCUUGUUGCAUUGAACGUGACUCUAUUUUUAAAGCUGUCGAAGAUUGAGCACGCAGCCCAUGUGCACCUCCAGAGAGAGAGAUUGGCCAGGUAGGACAAUUUGAAAUAACUAGACAUUGCCUGCAAACGUUGUUUAGGAUAAAAACCAAAAUGACAAAAAGCAAACACAUUAUCUGUAAUUUGAUAAAUGGAUUUUAACAAACAAAUGCUUUAAACACAGUUGUUUGCUAAAUUUGAAAUAUUUCUAAAACCCUUGCAAAAAGCAAAAAAAAACAAUAUGCAGAUCAUCACAACUAAAAGAAUAGUGGUGAGUUGAAAACCAAAUUCUGUCAUUUAAAGUUCGGGGAACAAAAUGCUGAAAUGGUACAUUUUUAAAUGCAUCUAUUUUAGUGUAAAUGUUACAAUUUGUUGUUUAAUUCACCAUCUAAUUCUAGAGCAUAAAUCCUGCAACAUUUUACAUCCGAUCCCAAUUACCACAUUCUGCCACCUUCUGGACCGAUUCGUGGGCUCGGACUCUUGAACUGAGCGCAUUUGAAAUCUAUAGUGUGAAUUGCGGGUGUUCAACGUUUAAAUAUCAUCUUUGCUUUUUGCAUUUGUUUUCGAAUGACCGUUGGUAGAAAAGUGGAGAUUGGUGAAUAACCCCAAUUUGUGCAAAAUUGCAUUUUCUUGCUGGAUUUUCUAUACCUUAAUUACUUGACAUGCUUUUUCUAGGUCACACUCCUACGACAUGGGCAACCGAGACCACAUCCCCGAGGGCAAAGUGUCUGGGGCGGCAGUGAGAGGUGCCCUUCAAGAUUCCAUAACCACCCUCGAACAGGUAAAUGGUUCUAUAUUUUGUCAUUUCUCCUGCCUGCUCUGUGUGGAUGCUGUGUCACAUACCUGAAAGAGAUCCUUAUUUAAUGCAAAUCUAACAGCUUAUCUUCAUUAAUAUAAUUAAAUCCAUAUUACAGCAAUCAGUACAAGAAAUUCUUCAAACAUCCCCACAAUGGGGCUACUAAAAAAGAAAACCCUGCAAGCUUACGCUCUAUUUGUUUAUUAUUAAUAAAUAGAUAAUUGUUGUACUCUCUUUACUAGCCGAGUGUCUGUCUGGAAUCGUGAUGGAGACACAGCAACAUGAGCAUGUUCGCUCUUGUAUAUUAUAUAUUGUACAGCUCUAUGGUAUAUGUCGGCAAUCACAUUAUUUGCUGUUUUUCCUUCUUCUUUCCCAUCCCAAUUUAUUUAUUUUGCUUUUUGCUGAACAUAAGCUUCAUAGAUAUCUUAAAUCAUUAACUUUUUUUUUUUUUCUUCUUCUUGGGACGAGGGGUUUUAAUCUAAAAUGUUGCCAAUUUAAUGAAGUGCAGUCAUCUGUUGCAGCUAAAUGUACUAAUUUGUCACUUUAUUUCCUCAGCUCAAAAACUCUCUUCUCUUGCUCCAGAAAAGUUUUGAUCUUAUGAACAAGUCAAAGAGUGAAGAGGCUUCUGGGAGUUAG